AUGUCAUCGUCGAUCAUCGUCAAAUUGAUUUCAGACAACUCAAUAUAUCCUAAUUUGCAAAUACAAUCAAAAGAUUCUAAUUCAUCAACAUCAUUAAUUGUUGGACGUAAUGAUCAAAGUAAAAUAAAAUCAACACGUUGUGCUAGACAACAAGUUUCUCUUCAUAUUCAAAACGAUCAAGUCUAUAUUAAGCAACUCGGUACAAAUACUUCAUUUAUAAAUCACAAACCUAUAAGCACCAAUGAUAAACAAAUAUUAAAUAAUGGAGAUAUACUUCAUUUAUUAGAAGAUGAACAUUGUUAUACAGUUCGAAUUGAACGUUCAAGUAUCGGUGAUAAGUUUAUGAAAUCAUUUUCGCCAGUUAAAUCGACGUUGAAAAGACAAAAUACGGAGGAUGAUGAAACGUCAUCUAAAAAACAAAAAAGUUCUAUGAAGAAAAUAGAACAACAACCGAGAAAAGAUGGAUCUACUAAUCAAAAUAUUGAUGAUUCAUCCGAAGAAAAUCGUUUGUUUUGGAUACAGCAACAACUAGAUGCUUUACAAGCUAAUGCCAAUCAAUCAUUACCAACUACAACUUCAAAUCCAGUAAAGACAUCGAAUUCAACAUCUGAAGAUUUAUGGGAAAAACCAUGUGAUGGUCUUGAAGUUUUUACUUCGAAAGGAGUGAUUAGUAGUGAAAAAAUUGCAGCAUUUGAUAUGGAUGGAACAAUAAUUUUAACGAAGUCAGGCAAAGUAUAUCCAACUGAUGAAAACGAUUGGCGUAUUGGUUUUGAUACAUGUUUUAAAAAAUUAAAACAAUUAUAUGCAGAUAAUUAUAAAUUAGUUAUAUUUACUAAUCAACGUGGUUUAAUGAAAUCAGCAUCAACAGAUAAUUUUAGAAAAAAAAUUCAAUAUAUUCAACAAAAAUUAAAUGUUCCUCUUCAAGUUUUUGUUGCUAUUCAUCCAGGUCGUUAUCGAAAACCAUGUACUGGAUCAUGGUUACUUCUGGAAUCAAAGUAUAAUGAUGGUAUUAAAAUUGAUAAAUCUAAAUCGUUUUACGUGGGUGAUGCUGCCGGUCGUCCAGAUAAAUGGCGAGCUAAAGCAAAAAAAGAUCAUUCAUGUUCAGAUCGUCUUUUUGCUGCUAAUAUUGGUUUGCAAUUUUAUACACCGGAAGAAUAUUUUCUUGGACUUAGUAAAUCUACGUAUGAAAUGCCAAAGUUCGAUCCUAAAUCUCUUCGAUCGAUUCAAUCACUUCUUGAACCAGCUACUGCUAAAUUGACAUCAAAUAAAACUGAAAUAGUUGUCAUGUGUGGUCUUCCAGCAUCGGGCAAAAGUUGGUUUGUAAAUAAGUAUAUUGUUCCACAUAAAUAUGAAUAUGUUAAUCGAGAUGAAUUAGGUACCUGGCAACAAUGUGUAAAAAUAGCUGAAAUAGCUUUGACUAAAAAUCGAAGUGUUGUAGUUGAUAAUACUAAUCCUGAUAAAGAAUCUCGCCAAAGGUGA